CCCGACCGAGGAGGAGACGGACUUGGGAAAAGCAGCUCGUCCUAAACUCGAUAGCUGCAUUAGCUACACGGAUUAACGGCAGCUUUAGUGGUUAUUGCUAACAUAUGAUAGUGUUUCCACUUGUUCAUUCGAGUCAUUUGGACGGGGGAAGGUUGUUUGGCUCACUUUGGAGCAGCGGAGGGAGCCUGGUAAUCGGUUGUUUCCCUGUUGGAGCGGACGGAGCUGUGGUUGUGGCCGGCCAGCCCCGCCGGACUGUCGGACCAAACUGAGGCUUCCACACGGAAUAGAACAACAGCAAUACACGUUUUGAACCUCCCCUUUCUUCACUGGGAGAUUUGAAAUGCUAUUUUCAACGCCGUUUUGACGCUUUUUAAAGCUAUGCGACGGAGCUUGUCGAUGAGAAGUUUGAUUGGAGAGCCAAGUGCGCUCGAUUUUCAGUCCGAUGGAUGUUCGCCCUGCCCGGCUGUGGCUCGGCUCGCUGCUCCGCUGCUCUCACAAUAACAGGUCAAACAGCACCAGGCACAGGUGAACACGUCUGCUCAUAACAAUGCUGCACACCUGGCAAGUACAUGACAGCUCAGGCUUCAAUGCCAACAAGUCGCCCUCCAUUGCUGGUCUGUAAACCUGGAAAUACCUCCAACCAUCCCCUCCUCUUCGUCACCCCCUCCUCUUCCUCCCUUCUUCUUUUUUUGGACUACUAAGGCUUGCAUUACCUGGGAUAUUGUGGAUUUAGAUUCAAUACUGACAUUUUUAAAGAUGUCCUUUUUGCAGAGACAGUGCUCUCUGGAGCAAGACAUUUAAUUUGACUCUUGAAUUUUUAGAUUUUUUUUGUUGUGGGAAUUCUUUUUGUUUUUUUAUUCUCUUUCUAGUCAGAGGAUCAGAUUCGGAUGGAAAAUGGGAGACGCCACCAAACUGGCCUUCGCCGUUUUCCUCAUCUCCUGCUCUUCAGGUGCCAUCCUGGGACGCUCGGAGACGCAGGAGUGCGCCUAUUACAACUCCAGCUGGGAGAAGGAGCGCACCAACCGCAGCGGCAUCGAGCCCUGCUAUGGCGAUAAAGACAAGCGGCGGCACUGCUUCGCCACAUGGAAGAACGUCUCCGGUACCGUGGAGAUCGUCAAGCAAGGCUGCUGGCUGGACGAUGUCAACUGCUACGACAGUAACGAGUGUGUGGAGAGGAAGGAGAGCCCUGACGUUUUCUUCUGCUGCUGUGAAGGCAAUAUGUGCAACGAGAGGUUUCUGUACGCCCCUGAAGCGCCCCCACAGAGCGACCCGCACCAUUCAACCGCCUACACCACCUCCAACCCCUUUUCCCAGAAGCCUCAGCUCUUCAGCACCCUGCUUUACUCCCUGGUUCCCAUCAUAGGCCUGGCCGCCGUCGUCCUCUUCUCUUUUUGGAUGUGGAGACAUCACAAACUGGCCUACCCAGCGGCCCUUGUCCCCACACAUGAUCCCGGGCCCUCACCCCCUUCCCCCAUUUUGGGACACAAACCGCUACAGCUGAUUGAGGUCAAAGCCAGGGGGCGCUUUGGGUGUGUGUGGAAGGCCCAGCUGCUCAACGAAUUUGUGGCUGUUAAGAUCUUCCCAAUUCAGGACAAGCUGUCUUGGCAGAAUGAAUAUGAGAUCUUCAGCGUGAGCGGCAUGAAGCACGACAACAUCCUCCACUUUAUCGGUGCGGAGAAGAGGAACAACAACCUGGACCUUGAGCUGUGGCUCAUCACCUCCUACCACGAGAAGGGCUCAAUGACAGACUACCUGAAGGCCAACGUGGUGUCCUGGAACGAGCUGUGUCACAUCGCUCAGACAGCAGCGCGCGGCUUGGCCUACCUCCACGAAGACAUCCCUGGACAUAAAGACGGACACAAACCCUCCAUCGCUCACAGGGACAUUAAGAGUAAGAACGUGCUGUUGAAGACUAACCUGACAGCCUGCAUAGCUGACUUCGGCCUUGCCCUGCAGUUUGAGGCGGGAAAAUCAGCAGGAGACACACACGGACAGGUGGGGACGCGGCGCUACAUGGCUCCCGAAGUCCUGGAGGGCGCCAUCAACUUCCAGCGUGACUCCUUCCUGCGCAUCGACAUGUACGCCUUCGGCCUCCUCCUCUGGGAGCUCGCGGCGCGGUGCACCGCCGCUGACGGCCCAGUGGAUGAGUACAUGCUCCCGUUUGAGGAGGAGGUGGGUCAGCAUCCAUCUCUGGAGGACAUGCAGGAGGUCGUCGUUCAUAAGAAACUGCGGCCCAUUCUGCGAGACUGCUGGCAGAAACACGCGGGUCUCGCCAUGCUCUGCGAAACCAUCGAGGACUGCUGGGACCACGAGGCCGAGGCUCGCCUGUCCGCCGGCUGCGUCGAGGAGCGCAUCGGCCAAAUGCAGCGCCAAGCCCCCGUCAUCGGCCCCGAGGAGAUCGUCACCGUUGUCACCAUGGUGACCAAUGUGGACCUCCCGCCCAAGGAGUCCAGCUUAUGAUCGGCCAACCGACCCGAGCCAGCAGAAACACGGAUCAACACGAGAGGGGAUGAACGGCCGACCCUGGUUGGUUGGCGUAGUGUUUUUUUUGUUCUUUCUCUCCGUUUUUAUCUUUUUCUUUUUUUUUUUCUUUAAGUGCGGGCCGCUACUCGCGUUCAGGAAACACCCUGCGCCCACCUCACCACAUCAGUCGAUAUCCACCUCAUUUUGAUAUGUGUGCCUGAGGAUUUUAACAUUUUAACGGUCGAAACUUUCUCAUCCCGAGCAAACGAUUCAGGAUACGACGAUGACGGAUGACGUCACCGAGUGACAUUGCUGACAUGCUGGGACGACGACACUCAACAAACACUUUUAUCAUGUAUUGUUUUUAUAUACAUAUACAUACACACACAACACACACACACACACACACACACAUAGGAGGGAGGGCGACUUGUUCUGCUCGGUUUUCUACAGAGAGAGAAAAUCUGGCAGAGAAAUCUCACAGAACUCUCAGUGCAUUUUAGUGUUAAAAAAAAAGAAAAAAAAAAGAUGAGCACCUGGCUCUCGAUACAUUUGCUGUUUUCUCGUGUGCGUUUUUCUGAAGAAAUGACUAUCGUUCUGCCAAUAAGCAACGGCUUCUGAAUGUUUAUAGUGUAAUGCUGCUGUACAUAGUGUAUUAUGGACCCAGACACCUUGGUAAUCAAGCUUAUUGUAAAAGGGGUGAGGGGGAAGGGGGGAGGGGGGUCCAUUUUCAAGCAUUACGACGAUAAAAACCAUAAACCUCCUUCAACCAGGUAUACCUCAGUUCAGAUGGACACAGUUUAAAUUAGUCCCUCUCCCUUUUCACAGUCAUAGCUCACACUUUCCACAAACCUCGGCUCUUCACGACAUCCAAACAAUCUGCUGUCAGCCGUGACGCUCAUGGGUAAUGUAGUCAGCAAAGCCUCGAUACACACACAUGGCCAUACACACCGUAAACACAAGUGUUUCUCACUUUUAUCUCCUCCCCUUUCUCAGUUUUUAGUUUUGCUCCACUUUGAUUUUAUUUUGACUGAAUAAUAACUUUCUCCUUUUGUUUGUUUUUUUUGUCUUUGAGAUUUCUUCUGAUAGUGGGUUACAAAAGAAAAAAAGAAGAUGCCCCAUGAUGAAGUUGUCGUGAUUUUUUUCCGUUUUUGGUUUGCCGUGUCAACUGUCAACGGAGUAAUAAUAUCUAUCGCUGACAAGCCUAAUUUUGGCCGUGAGAUCUGGAUAUACAGUAUAUGUAUUUAUAUCUCUCUGGGUUAGUGCUGGGUACCACUGUAUGAUACCUUUUGAUAUUUGGUAUUAAAUCAGAAGGUAUUAACUCAAGAGUGUCUUCUUUUCAAUUCGUGAGAUCAGCAACAUGUGGUCUGAUUGUAUCAAAAAAAAAAAAAAAGCAGAUUAACACCCAACAGUAUGUUUUUUCUGAGGGGUACCCAGCCCUGAUUUGGAAUUAUACCUGUAUUUAGCUGAGCCAGCUUGCUUUUGAUUUGAUUGCACACAUCUUUUUUGGAUUACUAUCAAGCAAGAGUUUCUGCUCUCUUUUGAUACACCUCAGGAAUCUUUGCUACUCACCACCUCCUCACAUCCUCCUCCUCCUCCUCCUCCUCCUCCUCCUCACCUGUCCCGGACUGGAGUACCUCCUCUCUCGCUGAUUCUUACACUUCCCUUCUCUCACUCUCUCUCUCUCUCCGUCGCUCUCUCUUUCUCUCUCCCUCUCUCGCUCUCUCUGUCUUUCUUGCCUCAUCUCUACUUGUAAUGGUUCAGCCAUGCUGUCAAUUCUCAAAAACAGUGUCUAAAUGUCCAAAUUUAAUCUUAACACUAAUUGCCAAUUUCACUUGUUCUGUCUCUAGAACAUGGUCUAAACUUGUCCAGCCCACAUCUUAGUUUGCGUUGUCUAACAAUUUUUAAGCAAACUUUUUAAAUGUCACACAACAUAAAUGUAAAUGAGAACUGAUUAGGAAGCCAAUUGAAGCCAAUAAACUAGGCUACAGUGCAGUCUGACUGACUGGUUUAAGGCGGCCUCUCACGCAGUGUUCUCCUUCCCAUGCGACAUCUCCGCUACCUAUUCUGCAAGGGCUGUAUCGCUGCAUCCUGGGCUAAACGCCGCAUAGGACGAUUGUGAUGUGAUUGUGAUGGUUUAGAAGGCAAUUUACUCCGGUAGCAGAAUGGUAAUCGAUGCAGCCAGGCCCUUUGUUACACAUGGAAGUAGAGGUUGCCAACUUGAUUUAAAACUUUGACCAGCUAACCAAGGUUGGAAAUUAACUUUAAUAUUUAUCUGGAUUCCAAAACCACCACCUAAUUUCCUAAUUAAUGUAAUGUAAAUAGUUCUUCGGGAGUCUGGUUAAAUAGGGCAAUUGUUCUUUUGUUUCAUGCUGUCCAGAGAUAAAGACAGAUGAAAUUAAAAUUCAGCAAGACGUUGACAGCUGAAACAGCUGAUCAUAAAUGUUUGCCACACCUUAACUUAUUUGUCAAAAACAUUGCUAUAUCCCAUUUAUGGCAAAUUGUGCUGAUACAGUUCUUUUUUUAAAUUGAAACACGGCAAGUGUGUCCACUCCUGGCAAACCAAAUAAGAUCAGACUCUAAUCAACUAGUUAUUUAAUUUCUCUGCUGUUUUUAGAACAUCUUUUUAACUAAACAGACUGGAGGUAGACAUUUGUUUAUCUGAAGUUCUCAAGCAACUGAUCAGACCCUUCUAGCUCUGGACAGCUGGCUGGAAGGACACUGAGUCUUAUGUAUGUUUUUGUUCAGACACAACCUGACGAAACUUUACCAGAUAGUGGUAAAUCAAUAAGAUGUAGAAGUUAGGUGUAGAUUUAUGUUCCUCACACAGGGCUAAAAUUAAUUAUUUUGAAAAUCUGUGGACAUAAACUGAGCGAUUGCACGGCUAACUGCAAUUAGAAGAGAUGAGACGAGGAAUCUGUCUUUCUCUCUUUCAUCCUGGUGCCAUUUCUACGUAUCCAUAUUAGUUACUCUUGUAGAUGUCAGGCAAAACGGAUGUAUCUGUCGUUGUUGUGAACGCAGCAAUGGCAUUUUUGAGUCUUUAUUUCUUCUGAGGGACAUUGAACACUGGUGCCGGCAGACCUGCAGUCUCUCCUCAAGCUUUGGGUCGGUUUCACAGGUCUCACAGUUUAAAAUCAAGCAUUUAAAAAAUCAAGUGGUGCGUUUGGAAAUACUAAAAACGUGAAGAUUCUUCUUCCAACCAAACCGUUUCACAUUCAGGGUUCAUAAUUAUGUUUUCUUUAUAACAUGCUUAGCAUUUUAAGCAAACGAUCAAGGAAAUAAAAGCAAAGUAAACAUGUUAAAAAUGAUAAUUUCUGCACAAAAAGCUAACAAUCAAGUCUAUAACUGAGCUAUAUAAAAAAAUCUUGAGUGCUUAAAAGUAUUAUGUGAUAAAAGCUGCCAAACAGCUUAACAUAAACAAUAAAUCGACUAACAAAAGGCACCAAAUAACCAGGAACAAGAAGAACUUAAAAAUAAAGAAUCAUUAAAGUUCAGCAACUGCAAAAGUUCUUUGAGCAUUCUUGUAUUGGCCUCUAAAAAUCGUGAGGAUUCGCUAAAAUCAGCCAGGAAAUGACGGUCAGGUUUAAGAUAUUAUCUCAGCACAUGAUAAGACUAUUGCAACAACAACACAGCAAACCUGAAGGAAGUUAAAGCCAUCUUGUUAUUCACAUACUGUAGCAGGAGUACGAUAUUUGCAUCAAUAUCGCUUCCUUUUGCUGCUACUGUUUUUCUUCAGUUAACUGCUAUUCAAAAAAAAAACAGCCAUUCUUUGUCCAAGGUCCUCAUGAAGCUGAAAUAGUCAGGGACGAUUAUUACUGCAAACCCCAGCAGCCCUUCAAUAAGCACUACCUCACUCGCAGGGAUUUCUUUGGGGUAGAAAGUGUGGCAACUAAACCAAAAUCCAAACCAGGUUCCUUUAACAGAAAAGGGAUUCAAAUUCCUUCAAAAAGUUCAUGAAAUGACGGAAAAGUUCCCAUUUAUUUCUUGGAAUAAACUCCCAUUUCUCCCCAUACAUUUGAGUUGACAAAAUAAGGCUAAAAUGUUUUUUUAUACCAUUAUGCAUUGUCUUUUGUGAAACUUUUCCAUCACUGUACAAGACCGUACAGCAUGCAGACUAGCAUGAACGUAAAGGAAAAACACCAGUAUUACCCUUUUAUGUCCCCAAGUUUGUGUCCAAAAGUGUAAAACUUACAGUAUUUCAGCAGCCAAGUUGAUUUUAAAAACAGCCUCCAAAUGUUGGUUGGUUACCUGCCAAAGUGGCUGGUAGAGUUGACAAACCUAUCAGCCACAGCAAAAAAAUACGUGCCAGCGUUUGGUUGGCGGUCACAUCCCAGUACUGUAGGUAGACGGUGGAACAUCUUCAGUGUUAAACAGCUUUGAGUUUAAACUGCGCUUGAGAAACCGACCCAAACGGACAAAUACCAUUCAGGGAUUCAGUACUAUGCUUUUCUAAGUUCUAGCAAGUUAUAUGCAACCAGUGCCGCAAAUUACCCUACACUUCUGUAGGAUCAGCUGCAGGAGUGACUUUCAAUAUACACACACACAAAUAACUUGUAGCAUUUAAAUUUUUUUUUUUUAUCCGUGACCUUGCAUAUUGAUAUGUUGUAUUUAUUUUUUAAUUUACAGGCCUGAGGUUUCGGGGAUCAGAGCUCAGGUGCAACUCGGAAUAAAGUUGUAAGAGUUGGCACGAUUUAUGGUUGUUGUUGUUCCGGGGUUGGGGGUGGGUGUUCAGUUGUAAUUCAGGAAAUACUUUCAUUAAUUCAAAAAGAAAAGAUAUAAAACUGUAACGUGCUUCUUUCUAUUCAGUCUAUGGACAAAACGACCGAGAAUGAAUGUUCUUCAGACUCCUGGAUUCCAGUAUUUUGUGUACUUUUGGUGGAUUGAGCCCCGGCCCUGUGUAACUUUAGAGGGCUUCGGGUUUGGCUGGUUUCGUGUGAUUGUGACCUGUCGCUGUAGAAAUUAGUAAAACUGACGCGACGCUGAGAUCCAUUCAUACACCUCUUUGGUUGGACAGUUGACAACCUGCUAAAGAUGUGAACCAGUGAUGAACCAGCAGGCUGACUAUACAGUCCAACCAGAAAGAAAAGAACUGUAAAGGAAAUUACUGGGCUUAUUUUGUUUAUUAAUUUUAAAGCAUGACCGUAGGAUUUUAACCUAACAGAACAAAAAAAACACCUCUCCUCCUUGUUGCUUUGGCUCAUCCUCAAAUCCCUUAAUUUUCAAGACAACCCUCUUCAUAAGCUCCUCAGUUCAUCCAAAAAUAAUUUCAUCCUCUGUUUGUCUCAAAUGCUUUGCUAAAGCAACAUUACGUAGAAUAAUUUAUUUAUUUAUUUUGUGAUUUGGCGUCCCUACAAGUCAGUCCAGUCAUUACUGCUGGUAUUACUCUUCCAAAACUCGUUGAAAACUUUGCUAGAAGCCAAACUUACUUACUGAGUCUAACAGCAAGAAGUCCAGCUUGGUGUCUGUCUUGCAGCCUUUUAUGUCUCAAAGCUCUUAAAAAGCCAGUCUGGGAUUACGUUUGGCAGCCUCUUGCUCGGUCACUCUCCUUUUCUUAGCUUCCUCCGUUAACAUCCUUUUCAGUCUCUUGAUUGCAUGACAACAGUGAUGCUUCCCGCUAGUAUUCUUUCCUGCUGCCCUGAUUCCUAAACCUCUUCCUCCCAGCGGUCAAAAGCUCCUGUGCUUGUGGUGUGAACACUAAGAUUCCCCCAGUGCUCGGAGCUCUUACACUUGGCAGCAGUUAGCUUUACUUAGGCAACAAGUUAAGCUUUCUGUCCAUCAGGAUCUGUAAAUCACCGAAAGCCAAGGCAAAGGCAGCUGGAAGACAUCAGAGGGAAAACCAGACAGUAUUUUGUCACCUGCUCCCCAAAGUUACAUUUAACAUAGUGACACAGAGGCACCAUUCUCUCUAUAACAACUCAAAGUAGCUUCCAAAUUAUUUUCAUUUUAAGGUAAAAUAGUUACGUAAAGUUGCUUUAAGGCUAUUGGAGACAGUUUUGACUGCCAUUUUGUCAAACCAAUCAAACCUUUUUGCUUCCCCUCAGGUCUUGCCUAUUUAAUCAAACCUAUUCCAACUCAACUCCUGGUCCGAACAUUGUCAUUUAAAGGUGUAUGAAUGGGUUUCCUCGUCCUGCGGGGUUUACGUUGUUUCUAUCUCGACUUCCUCUAGCCCAGCACCUCACAUUGCUGUGCAUAUAAACUACCAGUGAAACAUUUGUGUCUUGUUGCCCCCCACUAUUUUAAGCAGUCUAGGAUCUGUACAGACAUGAGAACAUAAAUACCUGUAUCAACUAUAUACUCUGAGCUGAAUCUUUAUAAGUGCGUGUUGAACUUCAGUGUUUCCUCUACAUUCAUUUAUAUACUUUUCUUGUGUUUUUGACUCGGCAACAGAGGGCUUGGCCCUCGGCUGCACAGAAAGUUGUCCUUCACUAUGCGAGAAAUAACUUGAGCUUUGUGUAAGCUAAAAGCUAGAGGCUCAUUGGAGUACUUUGUAAAGCAUCCAAGAAAGCACUUAUGGGUUCCUUGGCAGGAAAAAAAAAAGACGAACGUUAAGCCUAGGGGCGUUCCUCAAGGAGCCAACUCGGGUCCCCUGGCAGUUCAAAUUUAAAGAAUCCCUUAAGCUCUUAAAGAUCAGUUGCAAUACUCCAUAUGUGAUAAUGCAAUCAGCCACUACAGGUAUUUUCAUUCCAGCAUCUCAAUCUCCUCCUUUUUCCCACUGUUAGUAAGAAUUUUAGAGGAAACAUUGAACUCCAAUGACCUCGCUGCUAAGACUGUCUUGGCAGCAGGAUAAGUCUGGAUGCCAGGCCUGAAAUUUCUACAGAAGAAAAAAAUACUCCCCAAAAACACUACAAAGCCUUUUUGACCCCCACAUUUCUCAAGGCUCUCGAGUUGCAGCGCUGAUCCAGGAUCUGCCAACGCAACCUCUGAUUGGUAAUGAUGCUUACAGGGUUUCUGGUUUUUGAAAAUUUUCUAAAAUGUUUCUUUCCUCCUGAUACAUGUGACUGUAUGUUUUAUGUUACUGACAAAAAAGAUGUGAAAAAGGAAAGAAACGUCUGGAAUUUCAAACUGGAAAAUGUACGACAAAAACAUCCCACUUGGGGUUUUACCAGCUCCAGGGGUUCUCACCUGACCUCUGACCUUUGACCUCCCAGUGAAGGGACAAGGGAGGAUUAGAAAAAAGAGAAAUACCUUAAAAAAAAAAAAAAAGAAGUGUUAUAGCAGAAAAAAACCCUUCAGAAACCCUGAAUACAUUAUCACAGAGAAGACAAAAUUGAUCCCUGAUCAGCGCUGUGACUCUCGGCUGCUGUUGGCCGGCCAUGGUUUUUAUCAGCUGAAGUGAUCCACGUGAUGUAAAUAAAUGUGUUUUUAGAUUGUGAA